CUCCGUAGUUAUGGUUCGUUCAGUUUACCGGACCGUGUGUUGUAUAGUUAACGUUAGCUAGCCUACCUCAUAACGCCAAACGAAUUGUAAUGGUAACGUGUAAGAGGUGAUUUUAAACAACGUUUUAAACAUGUCAGAGAAAGGCGAAGUGGAUUUAACUGGUGCUAAACAGAACACGGGCGUGUGGCUGGUAAAGGUGCCCAAAUACCUGUCCCAGCAAUGGGCCAAAGCAUCAGGCAGGGGAGAGGUGGGGAAACUCCGGAUCGGGAAGAACCAAGGGAAGGCAGAGGUGGAAUUCACUCUGAACGAAGACCUGACCAUGAUAGACAGCCUCGGGGACAAGCCGUCGGGAGUGCAGGCCCCCAGGGACCACCCGUUCACCAUGCAGACUGUAGGAGGACAGACCCUGGCCGUGUUCACUGAGACCCAGUCGGAGUCAUCUAAGGGCCAGUCAGAAGAGAGAUCUGAUGGCAGCACCUCAGUUUCGGGGGCGGGGUCAGGCCCAGAGAGAAUCUCCCUGGAGGGCCUGGUGGUGCAGAAAGCAGAGUGUAGACCUGCUGUUAGCGAGAACUACAUGAAACUCAAGAGACUGCAGAUAGAAGAGUUAUCCAAGCCAGUGAGAUUGUCUCAGCAACUAGAGAAGGCUGUUACCACCAACUACAAACCAGUGGCCAACCAUUCCUACAACCUGGAGUACGACAGGAAGAAGAAGGAGGAAGGUAAAAGAGCCAGGGUCGACAAACAGCAGGUGUUGGACAUGUUGUUCUCAGCUUUUGAGAAGCAUCAAUAUUACAACAUCAAGGACCUGGUCGACAUCACCAAACAACCUGUGAGUUACCUGAAAGAGAUUCUGCGUGACAUCGGCAUCUACAACGUGAAGGGAACCCACAAGAACACGUGGGAGCUGAAGCCAGAGUACAGACACUACCAGGGAGGAGAGGAGGAGGAGAAGGAGACCGACGACUAGCCUGGUCUGGGACCUCCAGCCUCCUAGAGAGCUCACCACUAGGAGAAGGACGACUAGCCUGGUCUGGAGCCCCACCACUAGGAGAAGGACGACUAGCCUGGUCCCUCCCUAGAGAGUGUCGUUUUGGUUUUUAUAGACGCAGAGAAAUAAAGUUGUGAAUCUGA